UAAACACUGGCUACCAGAAAUUACUAACCCCACCUUUAAGAGUCUUAUGCUCUACCAACUGAGCUAACCGUACUUGUCUUGUACCAAGCAAUUAUUGGGGUCACAUGUAGGUUUUCCCCGCCAACUUCGCGAAGUCCCUCCGUCCGGCGAUUCGACAUGCGCUAGGACCCGGCCGCUGCAGCACCGAGGCUUAUCGCUGUCGAUGUGCGGUGAUCCGGGACCAGACCGAUCGAGUCCAUGUAAGCUAGCCUAGCGUCACCAACAACACAACGCCCGCGAAACACGCUCAUUUUCACACGGCUCUAUCCACAGCAAACUCUCGCAGAGGCGUUUCCCCCGUCUUUCGCUCGAUAACAGCCGGGUUUGAAGCUGAAGGACAAAGUGGAGGCCGUUAUUUGGUGUAAAAGGGUGUAGAUCUGUACGCCUACAGAGAGAGAGAGAGGCUCCAGACAGACAAGAUGGAGUGCCAGUGGAAACCCGACGAGCAGGGACUUCAGCAGAUCUUACAGCUGCUCAAGGAAUCACAGUCCCCCGACACGUCCACGCAACGAUCCGUCCAACAAAAACUUGAGCAGCUGAAUCAAUACCCAGACUUCAACAACUAUCUAAUAUUUGUGCUCACAAAGCUAAAGACAGAAGAUGAACCCACUCGGUCUCUCAGUGGUCUCAUUUUGAAGAACAACGUUAAGUCCCAUUACCAGAACUUCCCAAACGGCGUGUCUGACUUCAUCAAAAAUGAGUGUCUGCAGAACAUUGGAGACUCCUCACCGCUCAUAAGAGCCACAGUGGGUAUUCUGAUCACGACUAUAGCCUCUAAAGGGGAGUUACAGAACUGGCCGGAGCUUCUACCUAAACUCUGUUUACUGCUGGACUCAGAGGACUAUAACACUUGUGAAGGGGCUUUUGGAGCCCUGCAAAAGAUCUGUGAGGACUCUGCUGAGAUCCUGGACAGUGACAUGCUGGACCGCCCACUCAACGUGAUGAUCCCCAAGUUCCUGCAGUUCUUCAAGCACAAUAGCCCCAAAAUUAGGUCUCAUGCCAUUGCCUGUGUCAACCAGUUCAUCAUCAGCAGAACACAGGCCCUGAUGCUGCACAUAGAUCCUUUCAUUGAGAACCUGUUUGCACUGGCAGGUGACGAGGAGCCCGAAGUGAGGAAGAAUGUGUGCAGAGCUUUAGUCAUGCUUUUAGAAGUCAGAUUAGACCGUCUCCUUCCUCACAUGCACAACAUCAUCGAGUACAUGUUGCAGAGGACACAAGAUCAGGAUGAAAAUGUUGCUCUGGAGGCCUGUGAAUUCUGGCUCACACUCGCUGAGCAGCCUGUGUGUAAGGAGGUUCUGUCUGGACACCUGCCCAAAUUGAUACCAGUUCUUGUGAAUGGAAUGAAAUACUCUGAGAUUGACAUAAUCCUGUUGAAGGGUUAAGUAGAACAAAACAAACCAAUACAACAAAACGAGCAGGACAUUCGGCCAAGGUUCCAUCGCUCCCGCACUGUGGCCCAACAACACGAGGGGGGAGACUCCAUUGAGGAAGAGGAGGAUGAUGAAGAUGAUCUGGAUGAUGAUGAAACCAUCUCAGAUUGGAACUUGAGGAAAUGUUCUGCAGCUGCACUAGAUGUCCUGGCGAAUGUUUUCAGAGAUGAUUUGCUGUUGCAUAUUCUUCCUUUACUGAAAGAACUGCUGUUCCAUCAAGAGUGGCUUAUUAAAGAGUCAGGCAUACUUGUACUGGGAGCCAUUGCUGAAGGCUGUAUGCAGGGGAUGAUUCCUUACUUGCCAGAGUUGAUUCCUCAUCUGGUACAGUGUCUGUCUGAUAAGAAGGCACUGGUUCGAUCCAUCACUUGCUGGACUCUGAGCCGCUACGCACACUGGGUUGUUAGCCAGCCCCCCGACAUCUACCUCAAACCGCUCAUGACUGAACUACUCAAACGGAUACUAGACAGCAACAAGCGUGUCCAAGAGGCCGCCUGCAGUGCCUUUGCUACCCUUGAAGAGGAGGCUUGCACUGAGCUGGUGCCAUACCUUGCUUUUAUUCUGGACACGUUGGUCUUUGCUUUCAGUAAAUACCAGCACAAGAACCUUCUCAUCCUCUAUGAUGCCAUUGGGACUCUGGCUGACUCUGUUGGCCAUCAUCUCAACAAACCAGAAUAUAUUCAGAUGCUGAUGCCUCCAUUGAUUCAAAAAUGGAACCAGCUAAAAGAUGAAGAUAAGGAUCUCUUUCCCUUACUGGAGUGUCUCUCGUCUGUGGCCACCGCCCUGCAGAGUGGCUUCCUGCCAUACUGUGAACCUGUCUACCAGCGCUGUGUCAACCUGGUCCAGAAAACACUCGCCCAGGCUGUGCUCCACCAGAGUCAGCCUGAGUUUUAUGAAGCUCCUGAUAAAGAUUUCAUGAUUGUGGCUCUGGAUCUGCUCAGCGGGUUAGCGGAGGGUCUUGGAGGGAACAUUGAACAGCUAGUUGCCCGUAGCAACAUUCUCACUCUCAUGUACCAGUGCAUGCAGGAUAAAAUGCCAGAGGUUCGGCAGAGUUCUUUUGCUCUGUUGGGAGAUCUGACCAAAGCCUGCUUCCAGCAUGUCAAACCUUGCAUUGCAAACUUCAUGCCUAUCUUAGGCACAAACCUGAAUCCAGAAUUGAUAUCAGUCUGCAACAAUGCAACAUGGGCCAUUGGAGAAAUAUCCAUUCAAAUGGGUUCUGAGAUGCAGCCGUAUGUCCCGAUGGUUUUACAGCAGCUUGUGGAGAUUAUCAACCGACCCAACACACCCAAGACACUGCUGGAGAAUACAGCAAUAACAAUUGGUCGUCUUGGUUACGUUUGUCCUCAAGAGGUGGCACCCAUGCUACAGCAGUUUAUAAGACCCUGGUGCACCUCUCUUCGCAAUAUAAGAGACAAUGAAGAGAAAGACUCUGCGUUCAGAGGAAUCUGCACCAUGAUCACGGUCAACCCUGGUGGUGUGGUGCAGGACUUUAUAUUUUUCUGUGAUGCUGUUGCAUCCUGGAUGAACCCAAAAGAUGAUCUUCGAGAAAUGUUCUAUAAGAUCUUACAUGGGUUUAAGAACCAGGUUGGAGACGAGAAUUGGAGACGCUUUUCUGACCAGUUUCCCCUUGCACUCAAAGAGAGACUUGCAGCCUUCUAUGGGGUGUAGAUGUUACCUGAUUGAAGAGCUUAUUCACUAUGGGAGAGGAUGGGAACCUCUGAUACCCAGGGCAUAUGUUGCCCUUUACCUGGGGGGAAGGGUGGUCUAGCAGGGGUAGGAGCCAUACGGCCCACUGGACCCCUGUAGACAGGGUGGGAGGGAAGUGUUAGCUGAGGCACUAGUCGAUGACACCUUGCCAAGCCAAACCAAAAUAGAGAGGAAAGCUUUUUCAUCAUGUCAUCACAAUCAGCCAUGAGGGCAAUACAAAAUACAUUGUUAGCGUUCAUUCACUAGGGCACUUAAUGUAACGGGACAUCCAGUGGUUAAAAAAAACAAAAAACGGUGACACGAAUAUAAACUCUGUAGUGUUACAGUCCUGAUGUAGGAAAGUGCCUGGAGUUGAGCUCUGAAAGCUUCUAAAAAAACGGUUUUGUUUAUUUUCUGGAAUGUAGCAUUUAGUGGUGGGUGUGACGUAAAUCUCAACUGGACCCAAAGCAGAAGUCCUAUGCAUGGGGUGAUGCAGGGUACAGCUCGACUGCAUGAAAGUGUGCAGACCGUGUUUUGUGUGCCAGCUAUGCACAGCAGUAGACGGUAAGUAUUUAAAUGCUAAAAACGUACCAUAUUUUAGGGGCUCCGUCUAAAAGGCAACACAACAUAAGUCCUCUCAUAUCAUUGAUAGUUAAAUGGUUUUGAUCUUUGCCAUUUUUUUUUUGAUCAGCAGUGAUGCAAUGAUAAAGGAGUAAAAAUCUGAAUAACUGUAUUUUUACUUUUUUGUCUUGGUAAAUUAAGUUGGCAUACGCAAAGUGAAAGGGAAGACUACAUAUUAACGUAGUGUCUGCUCUAUCGCUCUGUACGAAGUUUUAAUGUCCCUGAGUCACACUUUCUGAUUUCCAGCGUGGCUUGACAUGGAUCCAAACUAGUGAACCCUAAACAAAUAUUUUGAUCACAUUUGAGACAUACAUCAGCGAUUUCUUUUUGCUUAGUUUGCUCAGAGCAUGAAUUUGAAGAUGCUUGUGAUACCUUUUUUAUUUUUUUUUUAUUUUUUUUGUACUGAUCGGGUUAAUCUGGAUGUUCAGUUGUUUGAUUCUGUGCAUGUUGGUGGCCCAAUGAGCAAUCUGUUUUUCUAGCACCCCUCAUACAGACUAGUUUUGUUCUUUCCACACAUACACAAGAGGUGAUGUGUUUUCCAUCCACAUAUUGCUUUUGUGAUUUGGUUUAUUUAGUUUUGUUACCUCCUGCAUGAAGUUUAAAUGACGUCUGUGUGUUGUGUGUAAUCCUGGACAGUUCAGUGCUUGUGGAGGCAGUAUUUGUGUCCCUCAUGUGAAUAGUAGCAAGCCUUAAAAUGCCUGAAUGUAUCCCAGAGCGUGAGGAUUUAGGUAUUAAGAACUUCAAAGUUGUGGUCUCAGACAGACUAGACUGAUGUUCUUCUCAUCUGGAAGCCCAUGGGAUGGUUCUUUUAAAUAUAAGAUAAGUUCUGGAUUCAAUCCGAACCAGCUGAGAUAUCAAACCUUUAAAGGAUGUAAUGAGUUUAUUUAAUUUUUUAAUUAAUUUAGAUCUGAACACCAUGGGAUACUGUCAGGUGUCUGUGUUGUGCUGGUGUAUUUCUGCAGUUUUUAUUUUCUUCAGUUUGUCUGUCACAUUCCAGCUGUUUUGGAUUUGUAACCAAUAAGAAAGUUUGGAGAUUGUUCUGACUAAAAAAAAAUGAAAAGAACAAACAAAGAAACAAGAUGUAGGCAGAUAUUAUGAAUGUUAAGUGUGCCGUCUUACACUAAUGAAUGCUGCUAUGUGUUGUAAUUUUCUACUUGAAUAUUUUGUUGUAGAGACCUCAUGAGGUAUGUUUACCUUUUUUUUUUUUUUGUUCUUUGCUGUGUUUUUUUUUUUUUUAAUGAAUGCCUUUCUCCGCUGUUCAGGUGCCCAUGUUUCAUAAUAAUAAUAAUAAUAAUAAUAGAGUAAUUCACUGUAAUCCAUUCAGCUGCUAGUGAAUAUCCUUCCUAACGGUCAUAUUUUUGUCACUAUCUCCUCAUAAAAGAAUGUAGAACUUUUUUUUACUUUUUUUUUAAUUAGAGGAGAUAUCCGUUAAUGGACACUUAAAUAAGAUACUUCAUGUGGGGAUAAAACGGAAGUAACUGGCCCUUAUGUAUGUGAACAUUCGUUAUUUCUGAAAUAUAAAUGCAGUAUAUACUGUACCGCCUUGGACGUUUUUCGGGGGUGGGGGUAUAAAUACAGCCAUGAGACUUGGAGAUUGCACAGUAAUGAAUCUAAUGGUUUUACUUUUUUAAUGGUUUUAAUUUUUUUUGUGGUCUUUUAUUUUUGUGAAGUACAAAAUGUAAAAAUCUAAAUGUUGUGUCCCUACCCCAGACUGCACCUGUAUAGCUCUGUGUGGAAAUCAAGAAAAUGUUUUAAUGAAGUCAAACUUGCUCAAAAGCUCCCUUUUCUGGUCCGAGAGCAAUUUAAUUUAUAGUGUUUUUUUCUCCAACUUUUAUUUUAUAAUCUGAUUUUGAAGAAAGAUUAAAAUAUAGAAAGUAAUCAUUUUUAGGGGCCACCAAAUAUUUUGGAUCAUGCAAAGAAUAUAUAUUGUACUGUAGAAAUUUUGUAAUGAUAUUUGUAUGACAUUGUUAUGGAUGUGAGUUUGUUUCACUGCUUGGAUCUGUGCAUUGAUAAGAAUAAACACUUUUCAAAAAUCA